AUGGUCAUCACUCAUCGAUCACCACCCAAUCACCCACCACCCUCCUCCUCAUCCUACAAUUAUGUGGAGCACCCUAUCAUUGAGUGGAUUGCUGAAAUAAAUCCGCCAACAUCCCGAGUCGUAGUGAGGAUGGGUUAUGAUGCAUGGAGGAAAACUUCAUUGUUUGCCACCCCUUUUGAUUUUGACAAGGCAGAGUCCAUAAAGCCGAAAGGUCAUUGUGUAGCCGUGCGUGUGACGAGUGAGGAUCCGGGUGAUGGGUUUAAGCCUACAAGUGAAAAAGUACAACUUAGUUCUUACCCUAAGAUCCUCAUACAAGGUUAUGAAUACGAGGGAUACAAGCCUAAAUCUCAAGAGUACCAGAUUCGAAACACAUCUGGAACUAAGGGUGGUUCUAGUGCCUCCCCAGUGAUUGAUAGACAAGUUAGAGGAGUGGCCUUGAAUGCUGGGGGCAAUUCAUCAUCUUCAUCAGCCUUCUACUUACCUUUAGAGCGAGUUGUUAGGACAUUGACAUUUCUUCAGAAAUCCAGAGAUGCCUGUAAAAACAAAUGGGAAGCAGUUUCUAUACCUCGUGGCACACUUCAGCGCCACCGUUAUUUGUUAGAAGAUGACAACAUUAUUCCCCUUGCUCCCUGGUCCUUCAUUCUGUUUUCUCAAAUAAUUGCAACAUUUUGCCAUAAAGGAUUUGACGAGACACGUCGGCUUGGCCUUCAGAAUAAAACAGAGCAGCUGGUACGACAAGCCUCUGCCCUAGGUGAAACUGGAAUUCUCGUUGUUCACUCUGUGGUUCCAUGUGGGCCAGUUGAUGGGCAAUUGGAGCCAGGGGAUGCGCUUGUGCAUGUGAAUGGGGAAGCAAGUUAUGCCUUCAAUCACGUACCACCGAUUCCUGAUUCAUUGUAA